GCGCGCACAAGCAAAAUAGGUUGCACAGCGAGCAAGGACCAGACAACGACCAUGUCAGCCGACGAACUCCGCGAAAAGACCGGGCCCUACGGCGCGCGCCAGCGUUUAUUAACAAAAGGAUCCCAUUGCUGCCCCGCCGGGCGCCCGCCCGCGGCGCCGCGCCGCGGAGGCUGCCCGCAACUUUGGAGCGACGGCGUCGCCGCGCGCGCCCUCCACGCCGUCGCCGCGCGCAGGGUACGUGGCCGGCGAGGGCUUCACGACCUGCAUGCUGCACCACGGUCAUAAAUUAGACACGGACAACAGAGCCAGAGCGCCGCCCAUCUUCCAGACCACAAGCUUCGAGUUCAAGUCCGCCGAGCACGGCGGCGCGCUCUUCGAGCUCAGUCAAUUAGGCCCGAUCUACACGCGCCUCAUGAACCCCACGACGCACGUCCUCGAGUACAAGGUCGCCAAGCUCGAGGGCGCGCCCUGCAAGGCUCAUGGGGAUUGCGACAACGCGACGACUUUGCCCAAUGCUUUGGCCGUGGCGAGCGGCCAGUCGGCGCAGAUGCACGCUCUGCUCACGUUCAUGUCGUCGGGCGACAACUUCGUGGCGUCGUCCGAGCUCUACGGAGGCACGUACACGCAGUUCAAGUACUCCUUCGCGAACUUAGGAAUUGAAGCGCGCUUCUUCAACGCGGCCAAUCCCGACGAAGCCGCGUCACUGAUUGAUGAAAAUACGAAGUGUAUUUAUCUGGAGACGAUCUCCAAUCCCAGCAGCACAGUUCCGGACUUCGAGAAGUACGUCGAGAUCGCCAAGACCAACUCCAUACCUAUAGUGUGUGACAACACGUUUGGGCAGGGCGGCUGGACCUGCAAGCCGCUGGCCUGGGGGGCGGAUAUCGUUGUUGAGUCGGCGACGAAGUGGAUCGGUGGUCACGGGACCAGCAUUGGUGGCAUCAUCGUGGACGGCUCGUCGUUCGACUGGCGCGUGAAGAAGGCCGACGGUAGCCUCAAAUACCCGCUCGUCGCGGGCCCGCAGGAGUCGUACCACGGCGGCGACUUCGCCAACCACCCGAUCUUCGGCGUCGACGCCUGCAACCUCGUCUUCAUUCUACUCGCGCGCGUCAAGACGCUCAGAGACAUGGGUGGGUGUAUCGCGCCCUUCAACGCCUUCCAGCUCAUCCAGGGGUUGGAGACGCUGUCGCUGCGCUGCAAGGCCCACUGCGAGAACGCGAACGCUCUGGCGGAAUGGCUCAACGGCCACGAGGCCGUCAAGGAGGGCUCGGUCCUGUCUAUUUCCUUGCCGUCGCACCCGUCGCACGAACUGGCCAAAAAGUACUUCCGUGGGUUUCCGGCGUCCCGAGAGUAUUUCUAUCCCUCCCGCACGCCGUCGCCGCGACCCGUCUACCCGCGCAGGGCCGGGCUGCUUCGGUUCCGUGUUCACGUUUGAAUUGGCCGGAGACACGGAGGACCAGGCCCGCGAGCGCGGCAAGAAGUUCAUCACGGCCCUGAAGAUGUGCGCCCACCUCGCGAACGUCGGCGACGCGCGCACGCUCGUCAUCCACCCGGCCUCGACGACGCACCAGCAGCUCACGACGGACCAGCAGAUCGCGGCCGGCGUCAAGCCCGCGGGCGUGCGCAUCUCCGUGGGCUACGAGGACCUCGAAGACAUCAAGGCCGACAUCGACCAGGCGUUUGCCGUUGCCCGCGCCUGAGACGCAUCCCUGCGUUACUAAGUUAUGCUUUUACUCGA